AUGGAUCUCCAGGUGAACGCGUUCCCGGCUGGCUCGACCAUCGUGAAACUCAACAAGAGCGAGGCGGCCGCGGCCUCCGCGCCCGCGCCGACGCCGGCCACUGCGCCUGGCCCGCCGGGGCCGCCGGGGCCGCCGGGCCCGCAGCCCAGCGCGGCUCCCGCGCCCACGCCGGCGGCGGCAGGCAACGGCUCGGCGCCCAAGGCCCAGCCGAACGAGACGCUGGCCGUGCCGACGAAGGCGAAGCCCGCGCCCGAGUCUGAGCCGGCGCCCGCGCCGGGCCCGCCAGGCCCGCCGGGCCCGCCAGGCCCGCCGGGGCCUUCUGCAGAGCCGGCUCCGGAGCUCCAGGAGCCCUGGCCCGCGCUGCCGCCCGCGCCCGGGGCGGAGGGCGGCGCGCCCGCGCUGGCGCCAGGCAGCGACCUGGCCCCGCCGCCGAAGACGAAGCCCGCGCCUGAGUCGGAGAUGGCCCCGGCGCCAGGGCCGCCGGGCCCGCCAGGCCCGCCAGGCACGGCAGAGAGCAUCCGCGACGCAGACGCUGCAAACGAGUCCAGCGGCGUCCCGUUGACGAGAGACUCUGGCGGGGAGGGCUGGGCCGCUGGCAUGCCCGUCAGGGUGCCCACGGGCGCGCCGCUGCCCACGCCUGCAGGCGGUGACGCCGGGGAGACGACGGGCACGCCGCUGCCCACGCCCUUCGGCGGCCCGGAGCCGGCGGGCCCGCGGGCGGCGGGCGGCGCGGGCGCAGGGCCGCUGGGCGACGGGGGGCCCGACUUCGACGCGGCGCCGGCAGCCUCGCCGCUGCCAACCCCGCCAGGCAGCCCCGCCACCGCCACGGGUGCCGCGGCGGGGCCGUCGCCGGCAGACCGCAACGUCACCAAGGUAGAGGCCGACGACGACUUCGACAUGGGCGGCGCGGCAGGCAGCCCCGCCACCGCCACGGGUGCCGCGGCGGGGCCGUCGCCGGCAGACCGCAACGUCACCAAGGUAGAGGCCGACGACGACUUCGACAUGGGCGGCGCGGCAGGCACGGCGGCGGGCGCCCCGACGCACAGUCCCACCGAAGCGCCCUGGUCCUGGCAAGCGCCGGCGCCGGCGCCGGUGACGCCGCACGACCCAAGCGGUACGUUCACGCCGGUGGUGCGCAGGGAGCCGCCCAAGGGCAUCCCGAGCGACGUCUCGGCAGCGGACGCUCGCGGCACCAGCGGCCGCGAUGGCACGCUCCACCCCAGCGGCGGCGCCGCGCAGGACCCGUGGUCCAGCGGCCACCCGACGGAGGCCCCAUCGGCGUCGCCGACGCCUGCUGGCUCUUCGGCGCAGCCUGGAGGAGCGGACGCCGCGGUGGUCGGCUCCGGUGCCAGCCAGGUGUCGACCACGAAUUGGCAGGCCGAGGACGAGGGGUCCUCGGAGGCUACGGCGCUGGCGGCAACCCUCUCCACGCUCGGCGUGCUUGGGCUGCUCGCGGCCGCCGCUGGCGUGGGGUGGCACUACCGGGAGCAGCUCUCCACGCGCUGGGCGGGGGAGCAGGCCGGCGCGGAGGGCGACGCCGAGGAGGCCCAUGUCCCCCUGGCGGCCGAGGCUGGGGGUGCGGACUCCGAGUCGCCCUCCGCCCCCGCGGGCCAGGAGGGCGCGGCACCCGCGGACCCCGCGGGCGGCACUUAG